CGUGCCUUCUUUCGUAGGUCCCGUCGUAGGUAGGCUCGCACCAGCGGACGCUCAUUGUUUGUCCAGCCCUUUUUUAUCGUCGAAGUUUGGCUGUGUAAAGCGAGAUGUAUCGUUGUUUUAAUCCUCCAUGGUUUCAAUAGGCCGCAAACCGAGUGUACUCACGGCACAGAUGUUGCUUUCGGUACACGCACAUGGAGCAACUCAAGCUUGACUGUAUCCGAUUUGUGCCGAAGCAUGUCGGGGAAAUUCGUAGUCUGCAAGUGACCGACAGUGACGGAGGUUGUCUCCGGACACGAAGCUGGACGCGAGCUCGGCGUCAUUUGCGGACGACUACCUCGCAGCACACAACGGAAAACAACCCCGACUGGGUCGUGACGAGCCCCCCGUACAAGGGCGCGCUGGGCUUUGUCAAGGCGGCGUUGACGGUGGCGAAGGAAAGCGUGGCGCUGAAAUUGCCGCUGUCGUUUCUGGAACCCUGUGCCGACCGAGAAGGUUGGCUUCAGGCGAACCCCCCGGCGCUAUGCAUGAUGAUGAGCAGGGCCCGGUACCAACCCGCCCACGUAAGGGUUGGCGAAUUUUGGGGUGUGUGGUACCCUCCUGGUAGUGGCUCUAGUUGUAGUGAUAUUUAGCACGAAGCUUUUAAUUCUUCCUAGUCAGAAUGGGUUGUUGACAGUCCGGGAGGACGAAAUCGCACAUGGAUUUUUUUUUUCUUGUGCUGCGCUUACAAUUACGUCACUCUUCAGCUAACCUUAGGUGUCAGAGGGCGCGCCUCUUGCUGUAGACCCCACAAGCCGAUGUUCCGACAUUGAACGGUAAUGCGCACGAGUACCUCGUGAGUGCGAUAGGAAUGAGGGAAAUGCACCACUGCUGCGAUUGCGCGAUUUUCUAGCAACACGUACCCGACUCGAGUAUAUGGGGGUCAGUGUCUGUCGUUGUUGGGUGGCGAGGACGCUCUCGUUCGUGUGCCGGAAUUUCUCAUUGACCUUUUCGGCAGCUUCCCUGUCUGGGUUCGCGGCGCACGGCGGGCUGGCCGCGGCAUCGGAGCGUGUGUGCCUAUUCUCGUUUUGUGUGUACUACCAAAAGCAGUUGUACCGGGUGGCGUCAUGUGAAGAACUGCCCCAACUAUUUUUUUGCAGUGCUUCGGGAUCUGCGUCCUGUUGUUGACAUAUUUGCAGCAAGGAAUACAACGAAAUAUUAUCAAUUAUCAAACGGACAUCUCCUUAACCGGCGCUGCCAUAUUAUCGGUCGACAACAUCACCCGCUGCUGCGUACCCCCGCCCAACCCUUCGUUGGCGAGUUGUUCCUCGUACUCUUGCGCAUCCACUUCGGAGAAUCCACACACACCGGAGUGCACCCCAAACGACGAAUCCCCUUCUUGGUCGAAACCACCCAAACGUUCCACGAUCGGCGAUUCUUCAUCUUCAUCAGACUCGGACUCGCUGCCACUAUCAUCAUCGUCGGGCAGUACCUUCUCAGGAAUAGACCCUCGCUGCACCCGUGAACAACGACCUGAACCACCCCUUUGCAUGCAAACGCAGCCCCUACAUUGACCCUCCCCCCUCUCGGAUGAACAUCUGCACGACACGAUGUGAAUUCCUACACCCGCCCAGAGGGUCACCCUCGGCAAUUCACGCUACAACAGCAAAGCCCCCCCUUCGCACUCCGGAUUUGCAAUGUACCCCUUGCCGUUCCAGUCGGGAAUUUGUAUCGGAUACCUGGCGGACGCAUUUUCGGAAGGGGCGGGCACAAUCGAGAGCCAAUACUCCACCACCCAUUCCAUGCGUAGCACGCAGUUGUUAAAUGACGUCGUAAUUUGGGGCAGCAGCCUUAAUGUCCCCCUUCCCAAAACAAUGUUCGGUCGUGCGCUCGCUGAUGGCCUGGACCCAUGGCCCUACGUCAUCCACCUGCCCUUCCAGGUAUUCGGACCUUGCCUGGCGUCCCGGAAGGGCGUUCACAGGGAGUUUGCGAUGUUUUGUAAGUACGCUAGCGAGACUAACUUACCGAUUUCCUCUUUGGCCAGGUCUACCCCAGA